AUGAUGGCGCCAGCGGCUGCUUCUCAAGGCUCCCCUUCUGGGAAAAGCCGGCUCCAGGCAGCAAAAGCUUCGUCGACCGGGGGCAAGAGCAGCCGGGCGGCAUCCGCUGCCGUCGGCUCACGUACAGCGAAAAAAGCCACCACGGUGUCUCAGUCAAAAGAACGGCCUACGACGAGCACGGCAAAACCUGCUGAAUCAGACAUAGGACGCGAAAACCGUAAAUCGGCAAAACGUCCGCCAGAGAUGAUGAGCGGCGGCAGCAGCCAGCGCUCCUCCGUAAAGAAAGUAAAGCGAAGCUCUUCGUCACGCCAGUCUACGGAGGAACCCGACACUGAGAAAAAGGCACGGGCGCCGGGAAAAAGUCGGUCAGCUUCUGUUAAAGAUGGCCGGACGGAGCAAGCGGGAAAGCCUAAGUCAUCGGCUAGUUCGGGUCGAGGCGUCAUAUAUCUGGGGCACCUGCCGCACGGCUUCUUCGAACCUCAACUUAAGAAAUUUUUUUCGCAGUUCGGUAAGGUUACCCGUGUGGAAUUGCGCAGAAGCAAACGGACCGGCAAUAGCAAAGGAUUCGCCUUCAUCGAAUUCGAGCUGCCUGAAGUUGCGACCAUUGUCGCGGAGGCGAUGAACAACUACAUGAUGUUCGGGCGCACGUUAGUCUGCCACGUUGUGCCUCCGCAUGACCUCUCUGAGAAGGUCUUCUCCGGUGGCAACAAAAAGUUCAAACGCGCGCCGUCCCGGUUAAUCGCCGCUGGCAAGCACAACAAGGCCGAUGGGGAGAUGUCCUCUGCCAGACAAGUCAACCGAAAAAUUGUGUCGGAUUUGAAGAAGCAGCGUCGUUUGAAAGAGCUUGGGAUCGAUUUCAGUUUCGACACUGUCCUUGACGGCGUGAAAGCGAGUGAAGACGCUGGGGAGGGCGCGAAACAUCGACGAAGUGUCAAUGCGUGGGUGCGAGCCCAAGUCCUCGCGAAGAAGCAAACCAAGAAGGCCAAGGCUGCAGAGCGACGUCAAGCUGCGCGGUUGAAGAACCGUAAGCAAGCAGUGGAAGCUGCAUCCUCUAAGGAAUCUGUCUCGUCGAAGGAAGCGACGGCGGCACAGUCGACUAAGAAGGGGAAGAAAUACUAG